AUGAGAUUUGGGCCGCCAUUAUCAAAUCCAAAUACAGUUGACAUUGGUCCUACUCUCGUAACCAUUAUCGCUCGACCCAUAGAGUGCAUGAAAGUCGCGUACACUUGGUCUACGCGUACAGACCAGCUUGCGUUGGCCGAGUCAACAAGCAGUGAAAACCUGCCCGACGAGGAAAAUAAGGAAAGCUCAAAUGAAAGUGGAAAAGCUCCACACGAGCAUAGAUCUCUGUGUGCACACUCACACAGGUACACAAUCGAAAACGAAAGUGCCCGAUUGGUGCCGAGUCGGGCCGAGCGGGCUCACCGAGUCAGUAGAACUCACCGUGGAAACUGGGACAUCAGUCAGCAACGCGACGCGAUUGCGAGCGGACGCGCCGUGGAACAUUACGCUCUAUGA